AUGACGGAGGAGAUGGAAGAGCAACCCAAAAUCCAGCGACUCAGUGAGUCGGUGGUUAACAGAAUCGCUGCCGGCGAGGUCAUUCAGCGUCCCGUCUCCGCAGUCAAGGAGCUCGUCGAGAACAGCCUUGACGCCGGAUCCACUUCCAUAAACCUUUCCAUCAAAGACGGCGGCCUCAAACUCAUCCAAGUCUCCGACGACGGUCACGGCAUCCGAUAUGAGGAUCUUCCGAUAUUAUGCGAGCGACACACGACCUCCAAGUUGUCUGCGUUUGAGGACUUGCAGAGCAUCAAGUCGAUGGGGUUUAGGGGAGAAGCCCUCGCUAGUAUGACCUAUGUUGCUCAUGUAACCGUUACUACCAUUACCAAAGGUCAAUUGCAUGGUUACAGAGUAUCCUAUAGAGAUGGUGUCAUGGAGCAUGAACCUAGACCCUGUGCUGCUGUAAAAGGAACUCAAAUAAUGGUUGAGAAUCUAUUCUAUAACAUGUCCGCAAGGAAGAAGACACUACAAAAUUCUUCGGAUGAUUACUCAAAGAUAGUAGAUGUUGUCAGUCGGUUUGCGAUUCAUCAUACUAAUGUCAGUUUCUCUUGCAGAAAGCACGGAGCUGUUAAAGCAGAUGUUCACACCAUGGCCACAUCUUCAAGGCUUGAUUCCAUCAGAACAGUUUAUGGGGUCUCAGCUGCUCGCAAUCUGGUUGAUAUUGAAGCUUCAGACAAUGAUCCGUCUUCUUCAGUUUUUGAGAUGAAUGGUUACGUGUCUAAUGCUAACUAUGCUGCCAAGAAAAUCACUAUGGUGCUUUUCAUCAAUGAUAGAUUGGUUGAGUGGUCUGCGUUGAAGCGAGCUAUAGAAAUUGUUUAUGCAGCAACACUGCCUAAAGCAUCUAAGCCUUUUAUAUAUAUUUCAAUUGUUUUACCACCUGAGAAUAUUGAUGUCAAUGUGCAUCCAACAAAGAGAGAGGUGAGCCUCUUAAAUCAGGAAGUUAUCAUUGAUAAGAUACAAUCGGUGAUUGAAUCAACAUUGAGAAGUUCCAAUGAAGCACGGACAUUUCAAGAUCAAACAGCUGGACAAUCUUCUAUUUCUCAUAUUAAUAAGAGCAAGGAGGAUAAUCUCAGCCCUACCCCACCGGGCUCAAGAGCACCGAAAGUGCCAGUGAAUAAAUUCAUUAGAACAGAUUCAUUAGAUCCUGCAGGAAGAUUACACGCCUAUAUGCAAGUUAGGCCUAGUGGACAACUAGAAAAGAAUGUUACGUUGAGUGCAGUAAGGUCCUCAGUUAGACAAAGAAGGAGUCUAAAAGAUUCUAUAGAACUCACUAGCGUAGAAGAGCUUCUUGAAGAGAUCAAUAAGACCUAUGACCCUGGAAUGUUGGACAUUGUAAAGCACUGCACAUAUGUUGGAAUGGCAGAUGAUGUUUUUGCUUUGCUUCAGCAUAAAACUCAUCUUUAUCUUGCAAAUGUUGUAAACUUGAGCAAAGAGCUUAUGUAUCAGCAAGUUUUGAGCCGUUUUGGUCAUUUCAAUGCCAUCCAGCUUAGUGAUCCAGCCCCCGUGAAAGACUUGAUUAUAUUGGCACUGAAGGAAGAGGAUUUAGAUUCAGAAAGUAAUGACGAUGACACAUUUAAAGAGAAGAUUGCAGAAAUGAACACAGAUAUGCUGAAACAAAAGGCUGCAAUGCUGGAGGAGUAUUUCAGCAUUAAUAUUGAUGAUCAUGGAAAUAUCUGUAGACUUCCUGUGAUACUUGAUCAGUAUACUCCUGACAUGGAUCGCAUCCCUGAGUUUGUGCUUAGUUUAGGCAAUGAUGUUGAUUGGGAAGAUGAAAGGAACUGCAUUCAGGCAGUCUCAGCUGCUCUAGGAAGUUUCUAUGCUAUGCAUCCACCGUUGUUGCCCAAUCCAUCUGGCGAGGGAAUGCUUUUCUACAAGAAGAGGAAACUGUUCGACGGUUGUUCCCUCGAGAAUAUCUGUGAUAAUACUGAGAAUGAUGUUAUCGACAACAAUGUCGAACAAGAACUGCUUUCUGAAGCUGAGACAGCAUGGGCCCAGCGUGAAUGGUCAGUACAACACGUGCUUUUUCCAUCCUUGAGACUUUUUUUCAAACCACCUGCGUCUAUGGCUACUAAUGGAACAUUUGUUAAGGUUGCUUCAUUGGAAAAGCUAUACAAGAUUUUUGAAAGAUGCUAG